AAAUUUUUCUGUGAUAAAUAAUAAUAAUAAAUAAUGUUCCUCUUACAAAUGAUCCAAUGAUGAUGGUGAAAACGACAGCCGCUAAUAUGAUGGAUCAAUCAUCAUCGAUAGGUCACCAUGAUCAUUAUCAAUAUAAUGAUGAUGAAAUUUCAUUUUCAAAAAAGUUUUUCAACAAUCAAGACGAUUAUUAUGAUUGCAAAGGUCAUCAAUAUACUAGUUUAAAACGAUUAUCAUCACCAACAAUGAUGACAAAAUAUUCGAAUUUAUUCAAUUCUAAUGGCAAAAAUGAUGAUUACGAUGAUAACAAUGAUGACGUUGCAGUGAUGGAAUAUAAUACCGAUUGGAAUAGUAAUUUUCUAUUUACCAACGAGAAUAACAAGAAUCGUUAUGGAAAUUUAUUCACUCAUAAUGAUUUCGAUGAUUUGGAUCGACUAAAAUAUCAAUUUGGAAUCGAACAACAAAGACAACGAAUGUUUGAAUCAUCAUCAUCAACUGAUGUUACAUUCGAUGAUAUUGAACAGCUAUCCAUACGCAUUGCUGAACAUGCAUUAGAGAUUAAUGGAUGAAUGAAGAAUUGUGAAUAUAGCGAAAUUCUUGUUUGUUUUAUGUUUUCUUUGAUUUGAUGUUUAUAAUG